AUGCUUUUUGCUUGCAAAUUGGAUACGCAAAGUCACGCCGAAGCCCAUUCCGGUGGCCGAAGCACAAACUGUUGGCAGCGCGAUGCUGACAAAGCGAUGAUGGGACCCCCGCGGAAAAUGCCGUCACGGCCUUCGGCGUCUAGGAUACUUAGUUCUGACAAGGCCGAGCGGAGCUCUAGCGCACCGCCUAGUUAGAUCUUCUGAGAGGAUAUAGCUUUCCUAACUUAUUUACAACUUUACACAGUUAAUCAGUCAAAAAGUUUUGAUUCUGAUAAUGUAAUUGACUUGCUUUUUCAAUUUUGAAAUUAUUGCAGGAAGCUUCCUACGGUCUUGUGCUGGUCAGUCCAUGGUGGUUCGACGACAACUUCAAAUAGUACAGUUUGAUAUCGAAAAAAUCCUUUUUUUAAUUUCUUUUCCUUCAGAAAGGAUCUCUGGAGUACACGAUUGAGAAGUGGAAAAUAAAAAGCACCGACUACUACUGGAACGAUUGA